AUGGCUGGCUCGGAUGAAGCAAACAGUCAUCCUGUAGAAGGCAACAACACCAGGAUUAAUAUCACUGGUGCCGAACUGCAAGCAAUGAUCACCGCAGCAGUUACUCAGGCGGUGGAUGCUAAAUUUAAAGAACCAAGAAGUGAGCCAAAGAGGCAAAUUAUCCUUGAGCCGACUCCCAGGUACACCAAGGGUUGUACCUACAAGUACUUUGUCUCCUGUAAACCAAGAGAUUUUACGGGAGAAAAAGGAGCAAUCGAUUAUACGAAAUGGUUGGACGAAAUAGAGACAGUGAUAGACAUCAGCAGAUGUGCUAAGGAGGAUAUAGUGAAGUAUGUGACUCAAUCAUUUAAGGGCGAUGCCCUCACCUGGUGGAAAGCCUUAGUGCAAGCCACAGGAAAGGUUUCUUUGUACAAUCUUUCUUGCAGCAAGUUUGUUGAUUUGGUGAAGGAUACUUAUUGUCCUCAACAUGCAGUCGAGAGGAUAGAAACUGAUUUCCUCACCUUAGUGAUGAAGGAUCUGGAUUGUAGAUCUUAUGUGACUAGCUUCAAUUCAAUGUCAAGACUUGUGCCAUAUUUAGUCACUCCUGAACCCAAACGCAUUGCGCGUUUCAUCGGUGGUUUGGCCCCUGAAGUAAAAGGGAAUGUUAAGGCCUCUAAGCCAGCCACUUAUAGAUCUGUUGUGGAUCUAUCUUUGUCCCUCACUCUGGAUGUUGUGAGGAGUAGGGCGAAGAAGGUUACCGAUGAAGGGAAGAGGAAAAGAGAGGAAGACAAGUCUCCUCAGUCGAACAAAAAGGGCAAAGGGAACUCUGGUUACAAAAAGGGGCAGUCAAAUGAUAGGCCCAGGUGCAAGAUAUGUCACAAAAGGCACUUUGGAAAGUGCAACCAAGACCCACAGGCCAAACCAUGUGGGAUCUGCAAAAAGAAAGGGCACAAGUCUGUUUAG